ACGUCAAUAUGGUGGCCGAACCGAAACCUCAUCAGACCGGACGAAAACGUCAAAACGUUACCAAAACUGGAAACGAUUGGGACUACUACUACGACAGUUACUACGCGUCUACCGCUUUUCCACCUCGUUUGGCACCGCCCCUGAAGAGACCUCGUUUAAUGCCACCUGCACGAUCCCAACAUCCGAAGCAACAGAAACAACAACCGAGCAACAAUACAGCCACGGUACCGGACUUGAAUCAACUCAAAGUAUACAGUAAUCCAGAUAUACUUAUAUGCGGCAACUGCAGGGAAAUGUUCUCCGAUCUUGGGGAGCUGCUCGAACACAAGCGGAACUACUGCAAACUGCGGUUCACAUGUAAAUGUCACACCUUCAACGGAGCCGCCCCAAGAGACUCCACGACGGCCCUGCUCUGUGUACUCUGCAAGGUAUCUUUCCCAACAGCAUGGGAACUGAUGGUUCAUGCUCAAGCUGCUCAUAUGAUAAACAUAUACGAACUUGGUACACGAGCACAGAGUCCGAGAUCAACGCAGAGUCCACCCCAUAGUCCACCCCAUAGUCCGAGUCAGCACGUCAAGGAAUCAUCUUCACCUUCACCACCGGACUUUCAAGAGAUCAAAGCAACGGAUUGUGAGGAACGCGUCGAAGAGGAGGAUCUUGACGGUCACGAAUUAAUACCGUCCCCUGACAGUGGCAAGUCAACGGACAACGAGGCCGCUUUAUCUCCGAUCAAAAUACGAUCCGACGUUAAUGGGUUGGAUCACGAGGAUUGCGACGAAUUGAUCCAGGUCGAGAACACAGCUCAGGCCUGCAUCAUGCACGCCCUUAGCAUCGACUCGUCGUUGGAACUCAACUCCGACGCUAACUCAAGGGGAAGUUCUGGCCCGGUCAUGGCGUUGACUAAUGGAUCCUUGUCCGCGAAGGAAUAAAGUCAAAGGGAGGGAAGGAAAAAAGAAAG